GAGGUUUAGCGAUGAAAGGACAUAUAGAUACCAGAAGCUCAUUGGGUGCUCCGGGAUGACGACAAAUCCAUGCGACGGGUGCGCUGAAGCAUACGGAAGUUGUCACGCGAAAAUUAACGUGGGCAAGUUAGACGGCUAAGAUAGUGUGGAAUGGAUUAUUUCACAAACCCUGGAGCUGUUUCACUGGCAGCAGGACUGGCUUGUGGCCUUUUCGUUGGAUGGAGCCUACGUGGACGCUUUGGCUAUGUCAGGAACUUUUCAACAUUGGCUGCAAGUGAAGUGGGUUCUGAAGCAAGUAUUAUGGGAGAGACUGGCGAGUUCAAGAUGGUGUUAGUUGUCCGCAAUGAUUUGAAAAUGGGGAAAGGAAAGGUGGCUGCACAAUGCUCACACGCUGCAGUGUCUGCUUACAAGCAGCUCUUUAAGAGGAACCCAGAACUACUUAAACAGUGGGAGUAUUGUGGGCAACCAAAGGUAGUGGUGAAGGCACCAGACGAAGACUCGUUUGUUGAGCUUCUCUCCCAUGCUAAACAGCUUGGAUUAACUGUUAGCUUAAUUCAAGAUGCUGGUCGUACUCAAAUAGCUCCAGGAUCUCGGACUGUUCUUGGUGUAGGACCUGGUCCUGCUGAUUUAAUUGAUAAAGUGACUGGACAUUUAAAACUCUACUGAGAUAAAUGCUUAAUAGGAACUGGUCACUGUAGCAUUAACAUCAGUAAACUUUCCAGUAAUACUGGCAAUUUAUUGGCUAUUGUCACUGUUUUUGAUAAUAAAAAUAAGAUCACUUA